AACCGUUCAUUGUUUUCCCUGGAUUAUUCACUGGUAGAGCAAAGGCCAGCACGUUCGUCCGUAGGUCGUAGGAACUUCUUGUCGCAUUAUAUCGAUGAAUUGGUUGGUCAAGCUCACCGUGUGAAGAGUUCAGCUGAUCUUUCGACACACUUGAUCCAAGAGCAGGAGGAGUGAAAGUGACAAUCUGAUCGUGCUGCUCUUGUUCUCCGCGGCGAUCUGUCAAACUCGAUCGAAACAGGUUGAUAGGGGAAGGAGGAGGUGACCCUUGUUUGGUGUGAAACUUUUCGUUCUCGGCAUCAACUAGACCAUUUUGCGGAAGAAGUGUGAUCAUUGGUAGUUACUAGCUAAUUGGAAAUGCAAAGGUACCAUCGUGAAAACCACUUGGCGCAUUGUGUAUUCGGAGCUUCGUUGCGGGGUGUCUAACGCAAGCGUAGCAUUAGCAUCGCUAUUGAUUCAAGCACCUUCAAUGCCUAGAUAAGAGGGAACGACUAUUUUUAACUCGCGGCAUUGCUACUGUUAGUCAUGCAGUCGCUGUCGCAUGCCCAAUAGCGAGAAUCUGUUGACGACGAACGUUGGCGGUACCAUUAGGAAGAUUCGAUCCGAAGCUGGCACUUGUUGCGCUGUGGCUUGAUACGGUCAUGUAUUGCUUUUGAUGUUACAACUCCUUGUUCUCACAAAUUUGUAACAGAUAUCGAGAAAAUUAUGCUGGGUUGAAGAAUCAUGCUCAGGUUCCUUCUCAUUUUGUGGCACUAAAAAUUAACGUAAUUCUAAUUCAGAGACAAUUCGAUCUAACGCCAGAUAACAAUCUCAACUUGUCUUAAUCGGACUCAGAGCUUCAUGAGAGUAACGCUGAUUACUCUGUAAAAUAUUGAAACAAUUGAAAUUAAUCACUGAACGGUUGCUUUUUCCCAAUGCAGCCUUUUCGCAAAGUGUACUUUUAUAAAAAGACUGAAUUGUUGUUGGUAGUGUUGACUGCUGUUGUGUCCCUGGCAGCAGGGCGCAUUGCAGGUGAUAACUUGUUUGGGGAGAACGUUCUGUAUAUGAACGUUACAGCCCCAGCUCAGAAUGGCUCCAAUUGGGACAACCCAAAGGAAGCAGCGCUUGAGCGGGUUGAAGCUGCAGGCACGGAACCACACGUUAAUGUAUCGGUGGGAACUAUUCCGACGUAUGAAAUUCACGACAAUGGAUCUCCAACGCCUACCGAUAGCUCAUAUCUAGCAACUACAGCAGCUACUACAGAAACAGUACCGAUCAUAGCGAUACCAAUUGUAGCAACAACGCUUACAUCUCAACUAGUCACGAGUAUAACGAACAGCACCAUCGUUGAAACCACAACCACUAGCACUAUGAGCAGCGGUGGCAGCAGUGGCGUUAGCAGUGCAACCACUAGUAUUACAACUACCCAGCCCACAACACCUGCUACGGUAGCGCCGGCCGAGACGGGACCACAGACAUCGUCCACCACAUUUCGGAUGCCCGUGCUACCGACGAUUGAAUGUUACCAUGCACUACCAUCGCUCUGCAACGAACGGCGUAGCGAUUGCGAAUGCAAUAUCGAUCCCGCUGUCCCUGGUGCUCUUUACUGUUGUAAUGUAACGGACAUCAACAAGGCGAUCGCAUGUGUUACGAACGCGCCAGAGGCGGCCAACUGGAAGUACUUGCACAUGCGAAACGUGACCGUACGCGAACUGGCACUCAACGUGUCAAAUCGCUACCUCCGAACGCUGCACUCCUUGGCCAUUACAGAUGGGAAGAUACAGCGUAUCAGCACCUCCUUCGCACGCUUCUCCUCGCCCGUGUGCGUCAACAUCUCAAACAAUAACAUCAGCGAGCUGGAACCUCGGGCAUUCCGCGAGCUUCGUCAUCUCACCAUGCUGGAUUUAUCGUUCAACAACCUUUCCACUAUUCCGUCCACCAAUGGCAAGUUUCGCCUAGACAUUCGCGGUAACGUCGGUAUGCUGUGUAAGUCGCUGCUCGAAUCGCUUAAAAGCGGCGUCAAGUUCAAGGAUCCAGAGUCGACGUUCUGCCUUACGAACCGCACCUUUAAUUGGUUCAACACAACCGACAGUCUACAGCUACAUCAGCUAGAGAUGAUGCAGCGCGUCCAAGAUGAGUGCCCCGAAAACUGCACCUGUGAGCUUGAUCGUUUGAACUUCGAUCUCAACAAUACAGAGCGCAAAACCAUAACGGCCCGGGUUGACUGUAGCGGGCUCGGAUUAACGAAAUUCCCCGAAAAGCUACCAUCUGGCACGGUUACUCUCAACGUAUCUAGCAAUAAUAUUACCAGUCUCGAGGCGCUGAAUAGCGCACCUUAUGAAUCGCUGCUACGGUUACAUGCCGAUGACAAUCAGAUCGGCUCACUGAGUGAUCUCGAGGGGAUGGACUUUAUCUCGCGUUUUACGCUAUUUUCGAUUCGCCGCAACAAGCUGAAGACAGUGCAAUCGUACAUCUUCACCAAGUCGCUGGAUCUCGGCUCGUACAUUUUUCUCGAAGGUAAUCCGAUGACUUGCGACUGCAAUGCAGCGAAAGGUUUCAAGAAUUGGUUGCUCAGUCGAAAGGCGCAGGUGCCUGAUCAUGAAAAUAUAUUCUGCGAGGGUGAUACCAGCCUGCAACAGCUCGUCACCAUCCAGGAGAGCAAGCUGUGCCAAUCACAGCAUGACUGGACCGAUUACAUCUAUUACUUGAUAGCAGCCGAGAUCAUGCUGCUGAUUGCCCUUGUCUGUAAAGUAUCGUAUGAUUAUUGGAUCUUUAAAUCGGCCGGCUAUUUGCCAUGGCCAGCCAAUAAGAUGCCGAAGCUACCGUGUGACUGCUUGUGCGAGUAAUCACGAUGAUCUGGUUAAUAAUAUAGUUUCAUGAAGAUUUAGAUGACGUAAUAGUGAUGUUGUUCGGCGAUCAAUAACACAAGCUUAAAGCAGGGCUAGAGCUAAGCAGCAUGGAUGUUCAUACGAUAAUAGCAUCGUUCCUCAAGAGCUGGCGUGCGAUGCAGUAUGAGAAUUGUGAUAUUUCUAACUUUCGUAACUUCCACGACGUCCCAAACUUUCAUAUGUCUUACUUCAUAUUGAUGUGCGCGAAGCACAAUAAAUUACUAUACAUCAUUAUAUAAAAAUCAUAACAAAUUUUAAUGUACCAA